CGCUUGGUACGACAGAUGCAAGCGGGACCUCCCCUGGAGGAGGCUGGUCCCCUCUGUGGUGGGGUCCUGUGGCACCCAGUUCUUCCUCAAUCCAUCUUCUUCCCCUCUCAGGCAGCAGCUGAGCUGGAUGCCGACAGACGGGCGUACGCAGUGUGGGUGUCUGAGAUCAUGCUCCAGCAGACGCAGGUGGCUACCGUGAUUGACUACUACAACCGCUGGAUGCAGAAGUGGCCGACGCUGCAGGCUCUGGCACAGGCAUCCCUGGAGGAGGUGAACGAGCUGUGGGCAGGACUUGGCUACUACUCCCGAGGGAAGCGUCUGCAGGAGGCAGCAAAGAAGGUGGUGUCUGAGCUGGCUGGCCAGAUGCCCAGGACAGCUGAAGACCUGCAGAAGCUGCUGCCGGGAGUGGGACGAUACACGGCAGGAGCCAUCGCAUCCAUCUCGUAUGGGCAGGCUACCGGUGUCGUGGAUGGGAAUGUGAUCCGGGUCCUGUGCCGCCUGCGGUGCAUUGGCGCCGACUCUAGCAGCCCAGCUGUCAUCGACCGGCUCUGGGACAUGGCCAAUGCCCUGGUAGACAGGAGCCGCCCGGGGGAUUUUAACCAAGCCCUGAUGGAACUGGGAGCAACUGUGUGUGUGCCCAAGGCCCCGCUGUGUGGGGAGUGCCCCGUGAAGCAGCACUGCCGAGCACGGCACAGGGUGGAGAAGGAGCUGGCCUUCGCCUCUCAGAAACUGUUCGGAAAACCCACCCCAGUGCCUGAUGUUGAGGACUGUGGUGUUGGGGACUGUCCCCUGUGCCCCCCAGCCACGGAGCCGUGGGACAGCAGCCUGGGGGUGACCAACUUCCCCCGGAAAGCAGCAAAGAAGCAGCCGCGGGUGGAGCGAACGGCCACGUGUGUGCUGGAGCGGAGGGGCUGCCACGGGGCCCCGGAGUACCUCAUUGUGCAGAGACCCAGCUCGGGUCUCCUGGCCGGGCUCUGGGAGUUCCCCAGCCUCCCGCUGGCUCAGGGUCUGCAGGAGGAGAAGCAGAAGGAGGUGCUGGCAGAUCAUCUCCAGGCCUGGAUGGGGCAGCCAGUGGUGGCAGGAGACCUGCGGCUCAUCGGAGAGGUUGUCCACAUCUUCUCUCACAUCCACCAGACAUACGUGGUCUAUUCCCUGCACCUGGAUGGGGAUGUGACUCUGGACCCUGCCUUGUCCCCGUCCCGCUGGGUGACGGAGGAUGAGUUCCACACCUCAGCCGUGUCCACGGCCAUGAAGAAGGUGCUGAAAGCCCGUGAGAAGCAGCAUGGGGAGGAGAUCGGGCCUGGCAAGGGCUCCAAGCGGAAGAGGGGGACAAAGCUGCAGGGAGCAAGCACCACCCGCCCUGGGACGCAGCUCUCCCUCCGUGCCUUCCUCCGGGCACCCACCUCCCCGUGAUGGCACCUUGAACACCUGAGACCACCUGGAGACCUGCACUGCAGCGAGUCCUGCCCGUGGUGCUGGGAUGGUGCCCCCCACACUGCUGCGUGCCCAGCCCACAGCCCUGCAAUGGUCUCCCACUCCUCCUGACAGAGCCCUCUGGUUUCCGCAGUUCUUCUGUGGAAAUCGUGUCAUGGUGGGGCCAGUGUGGUCCGUCACACGAUCCAGAGCCAGGCUUGUCCUCCUGGGGUUAUUUGGUCUCAUACAGCCACCGCUCUGGCACUGUGGACUCACAGCAGAAUAAGUUUCUCUCCAGCGGCAGGAAGGCCAUGGCCUGGCCCAUGUUUGCCCCUCGGCCACCAGAUAGUGGCCAUUCCCUUCCUGGCCUCCAGGACCCCCUUUUAUACACCUGUUUUUACUUAACCUGAGCCAUAGGCUUUCUAAUAAUAAAUCUCCUAAAGCGUGUGGGUUUUUUAAA